UGUGUGUGUGUGUGUGUGUGCAGAGUGAACAGAGGAGUGAACAGACGAGUGAACAGAGGAGUGAACAGAGGAGUGAACAGACGAGUGAACAGACGAGUGAACAGACGAGUGACUGCACACUACACAUUAUACACAGUAUAUAUACAGGAGGGUUAAAGAGUGAAGUGUCUCUUUAAUACUCAGUUGUGAAGAUAUUUAAUUCCAGCGUCCUCCACAAGUUCAGACUGAUAAAUCUGUGUGUGAUCAUGCCAGUGGACAUGGCUGUGCAGCUCUACAUCACACAUUCUCCACCUCUGCACAGCUUCCUCAGCUCAUAUGAGGACUACAGAGCAAGGAACCUCAUCAACUUUCACUGUAAACCUCUACGUCCGUGCAUCAACGUUAAAAACACACAUAACCUCAGUUCCAAUCCGCCCUGCCGCGCCUGGCAGGCUUCCCAAGCCAAAGCUAAAAAGAAGGUGGUGUUCGCCGACUCCAAAGGCAUGUCGCUGACCGCAGUCCGAGUUUUCAGUUCUGGCGAAAAUAAAAAAUCAGCCUCACUCCAGCAGUUCCAUGUCCCGAAGUUAGAGGGCGCUCUUAAUCCUAUACAGAGCAGAAUCCUGGCGUUUCACCAACCCGCAGCAGAAUACGUGGAGUUCAGGAAUCGACUGAUGAAUAAUUUGGUGUGUAUGGAGAGCUGCACGCUGCAGGGCCGCACGCUAACCGGGACCGUUAGAGUGCGGAAUGUGACCUUCGAGAAAUCCGUCCACGUUCGGAUCACCUUUGAUUCAUGGAAAACCCACAGAGAUGUCGAGUGUACGUUUAUGAACAUCAUCGGAUGCAGAGACACCGACACGUUCUCCUUCGUCAUUGAAAUUCCAGCAUGUGUCCUGCCAAGGGACAGUGUGGAGUUUUGCAUUCGCUACACCAGCAGUGGGAAGACGCACUGGGACAACAACGACGGAAAGAAUUACGCACUCGUGGCGACACACAAUGAGAAGAAGGAGACAACUAAGGAGACAGAUUCACUCGAUCGAUUCAGAAGCCAGCAGAGGUGCGACAGAUUUUCUCCUGAGUGGGACAAAAUGAUGGGGAUCAGCGCCCCCUACUGGUGACAUAAAGACACUCGACCUUAAUAAGGUUCACUGUUUCUGAGAUAUAAGCUAUAAAACAGCAACAAACGUUUCCUUGAGACUUCAUCACUUUUACGGACUGACAUUUCUUUACCAUGUUAUUCUGUCAUACUGAUAGUUAUCAGUCUGCAUGAUGGGAAAUUAUUUUCAAGCAGCUUUAAUGGUUUAAUGAACAUAAAAAUCGGCAAAAUAACCGAAAAUCACUUCGACACGAACUGGAGGAAGAGCCGUGCCUGAGAUCCUCCUUCAUACUGAAGGUUUAAUGUGUAUUUAUUUAUUAAAUUUCAGAAUGAUUCCUCUCUGUAGCUCAGAGUGUUAUUUCACACACUCACUGUGUUCAUGUUGGGGAUUUCUGUCUGCUUGAUGGAUUUGCUUUGCUUUUUGUGUCUCAUUUUUGCCUGGAUGGUCUCCUGAUGAUUUGAUGUGGUGUAAAUGAAUAAACACUCGUGACUGUA